AUGAGGUCACGGAGGGGGACUGAACCGGGGGCGCAGCAGACGGAGAGUCGUGCGCUGGAGAACGAUAAACAUGAGAGCAAGAGACGUACUGUAUGAGCGGUAGCAGGAAACGUUUUAUUUGAAUAAGGUUAGCAAAAAGAAUAGCGGAUAGCGCCGCGGAGAGUCUAAGAAGAGAGAGACUGAUAAAUACUAGUGCGCAGUCUCUUCGUUACGGGCGCGUUGAACGGAGAGAAAUCCCCUUGCUGUUAGCAAGAAGGACUCUGAAGGGGGAGAGAGAGAAGACGUACGAGUACAGUGAAGAAAGUUUCCAUUUCUUGAAACAAACUGGAACUCCGACCAUAUUGUGGAACAGAAACCAUGGUCCCCAUGUACAGUGUGGGAUAGUUUGAGUCUCAUGUGCGUUUGGACGGAUAUUGUUCUCUCCUGGUUUACGGUAACCCGGACUAAAGUUUCGUCUGGCGGAAAGUAGACUUCAACACUGUACACCACGACCCUGGACAUUUUUUUCGGAACUUCUUUGACUGUUAUUGGAACUGCGUGCUCAUCGUGUUUCGGAGCUCGACAAGGGUAUACUAGCUCGCUGUUCUGAGCGGGGGUCUGGGGGGCGGGUAGUAGGAUUUUAUUUAAUUUUUUCCCCAUGGCCUCUUCCAGAAUGUAUCUCCUUGCGGUAUGCAUUUUGGUAUCUGUGUUCGCGAGGAGCAGUCGGGCUCUACUGUGCCUGCCGUGUGAUAAGUCUAAAUGCGAAGAGCCCAAGCACUGCACCGGGGCGGUUGUGCUCGGGAUCUGCGGCUGCUGCUCGGUCUGCGCCAAGCAGAAAAACGAGAGCUGCGGUGGGGUUUACGGUCUGUACGGGACCUGCGACCGGGGGCUCCGGUGCGUAAUCAGACCGCCGCUGAGCAGAGGCUCUAUCACGCAGCAUGAGGUCGGGGUGUGUGAAGAUGAGAACUGGGAUGAUGACCAGCUGCUGGGGUUCGAGCCCUGCAACGAGAACCUGAUCACCGGCUGCAACCUCAUGGAUGGCAGGUGUGAGUGUGACAGCAUCCGCACCUGCAACAACCCCUUCGAGUUCCCCAGCCAGGAGGCCUGUCAGACUGCCCUCAAGAAGAUCGAAGAGGAGCGUCCAGACUGCUCCAAGGCGCGCUGCGAGGUCCAGUUCUCCCCCCGCUGUCAGGAUUCGGUGCUGAUCGAGGGCUACGCCCCCCCAGGGGAGUGCUGCCCUCUCCCCAGCAGGUGUGUGUGCAGCCCUGCCGGCUGCCUCAGGAAGGUGUGCCAGCCUGGGUACUCAAACAUCCUGUCCAAGGGCUCCGGCAAGCCUGGAGAGUGCUGCGACUUGUACGAGUGCAAGCCAGUGUUCAGCGUGGACUGCAGUACUGUAGAGUGUCCUCCAGUCCAGCAGGGGGAGUGUCCUCCGGACAGCUACGAGACCCAGGUCCGUCUGACGGCCGACGGGUGCUGCACCCUGCCCACCAGGUGUGAGUGUUUACCAGGUCUCUGCAGCUUUCCCAAGUGCACGGCGGGAAGCACCCCCCAAGUGGUCUCCCGCGGCGACGGGUCCCCAGGACGAUGCUGUGAUGUUUACGAGUGUAUGAACGACACCAAGCCUGCGUGCUCCUUCAACGGCGUGGAGUAUCACGACGGUGACAUGUUCAGGAUGGACGCCUGCCGAUUCUGCCGCUGCCAGGGGGGCGUGUCCGGCUGCUUGGCCGCGCAGUGUGGCGUCCUGCACUGCCAGCGCUACUACAUACCUGAGGGGGAGUGUUGCCCUGUGUGUGAGGACCCGGUCUACCCCGUGCUGAACUUCGCCGGUUGCUACGUGAACGGGGAGAUCCUGGCGCAUGGCGACCACUGGCGUGAGGACGACUGCACGUUCUGCCAGUGCGUGAGCGGCGACGCUCGCUGUGUGGCGGCAGCCUGCGGACACAGCUGCCUCAACCCUGUCACCGUGCCUGGGGAGUGCUGCCCCGUGUGUGAGGAGCCCAGCUACAUCACCAUGGCUCCCCCUGGCUGCCAGCUGGAGAACUGCAGUCUGGCAGAGAGAGACUGUCUCUACGGCUUCAAGCUGGACAUCACUGGCUGCCGGACCUGCCAGUGUCGAACACGAGAGGAGUUGUGCAGUGGACUGAUCUCAGGCUGCAGUCUGAAGUGUCCCUACGGUCUUCAGACCGACGCCCACGGCUGUGACGUCUGCCAGUGUCGGCCACGCCCCAAACGCUGCAAGGCCCUGGUCUGUGACAAGGCCUGCCCCUUUGGAUACAUUAAGAACAAGCACAGUUGUGACACUUGCCGCUGUAAGAAGUGUCCAGAGCUACCAUGUGACCUGUCAUGUCCAAUGGGCUUCCAGCAGGAUGAUCUGGGGUGUCUCAAGUGCCAGUGUAUAGACCAGACGUCCUCAUCUGUUGCUCCGUCUGUGAACAAGGGGGCUUGUUUGUCCAUGGACGGCCGUCGGCAUGACAAUGGCGAGAGCUGGCACGACGGUUGCCGCGACUGCUUCUGCCACAGCGGCAGGGAGAUGUGCGCUCUGAUCUCCUGCCCCGUGCCCGCCUGCGACAGCCCCGCCAUCCGCCCCGGGCACUGCUGUCCCACCUGCCCAGAUGAGUCGAGCGUGCCCCCCCCUGCUCUGGGGGAGUCAUCGGUGUGUCUGGCCCCGGGAGGGGAGUUCUUCACCGAGGGGGAGACGUGGAACAUCGACGCCUGCACCCAGUGCACCUGCCACAGUGGGCGUGUCCUCUGUGAAACAGAAGUCUGCCCUCCCCUGCUCUGCCAGAGCCCAAUCAGAACGCAGGAUUCCUGCUGCCCACACUGUCCAGACGAGCCGUCCACCCCCCCAGCCCCCGGUAACGGGAGCGUGAGCAGCUACUGCCGCAGUGAGGAGGGAGACAUCUUCCUGGCUGCAGAGUCCUGGAAGCCCAACACCUGCUCCAGCUGUGUGUGUGUGGACGGCAGCAUCAGCUGCUUCUCUGAGUCCUGCCCGCCCGUGGGCUGUGCCCGCCCAGUCCUCAGGAAGGGACAGUGCUGUCCGUACUGCCUAGACGCCACGCCGCGGGCCGUGUGCCACUUCAACGGGCAGACGUACUCAGACGAGGAGCGCUGGGACAUCGACAGCUGCACACACUGCUACUGCCUGCAGGGCCAGACCCUGUGCUCCACUGUCAGCUGCCCCCCCCUGCCCUGCCACCAGCCCAUCAUGGUGGAGGGCAGCUGCUGCCCCAUGUGCUCCGAGAUGUACGCCCCCACCAACAUCCCCAUUGAGAAGACUGAUCAGCGAGACAGGAAGCAGUCGCCCCCCGCCUGGCCCACGCACGGACAGAAUGACAUCAUGCCCCAGUUCAGAGGUGAUUUUGGCAGCCUCCAGAUGCCCUUCCUAGAUGGGAAGAGCCUUGUGCCCAGGGAGGAGGGCACCUUGCAGGGUGUGGCAUGGGUGGCCCUGCCCCUGGUGUUGAUGCUGGGCAUCGUCUCUGCCCUGCUAUACGCCAACCAGAGGAAGCACUGGAUCCCCCUGCUCUGCUACCGCACCCCCACCAAGCCCACCUGUCUGAACAACCAGCUGGUGUAUGUGGACUGUGAGAAAGGCACCAAGGUGCAGGUGGAGAGCUCCCAGCGGAUGCUGCGCAUCGCAGACCCAGACUCCCGCUACAGCGGAUACUACAGCAUGCAGAAACAGAACAACCUCAACCUGCAGCAAGACAACUUCUACCAGACGCCCUGACAGACUGGCACGCACACACACACACACACUCACACCACAGAUAGACACACAUACACUCUUACACCCUGACAUGUACUUGACAGACACACACACAACUAAACAGACACGCACACACACAACUAAACAGACGCACG